GUCACUGCUUAUUGCCUUAACUCUGCCUCUCUCUCUCCCUCCAUUUCUCGCUCUCUCUCCUUUCUUCCCUCCACUCUCCUCUUCUUUUCUCCAUCGCUCUGUGACUGUUCAUUUUGAAAUUUUCCUCUCUUUUCUCUCCCUCUAUUUCCAGCUGUUUUUGGAGCGCGCUCUCUCUCUCUUUUGCUGGGGGAAGUUCUCUCCACCAAGUGUCUCAAUUUAACAGGAGCUCCCUCCCUCUCUCUCUUCCUCUCUCAGCCCCUUCCUCCUCCCCUUCGCCCGUGACAGAGCACACCUGCUUGGUCUUGGCUGCGCGCGCUCUCAGUGCAAUUAUCGCUCGGCCCCUUGCAGCACAGUGCAGAAGGCUCACAGUGAUUCAGCCUAUAGCCCCAACUGGAUAUUUGGAAGGAAGACCAUCUGACCUCGGCGCACUCUAACUCUCUCGCUCUCUCUCCCACACUUCUGAAGAGCACAGGCUCCCGGACAAAGGCACCAUGAGGUCAGCCUGUCUCUCCCUGCUCCUGGUCACAGCGUGCUGGUCACUGCCCUUCCGCCAGUCGGGCUUCCUGGACUUCAUGAUGGAGGAUGAGGCGGGCUCUGGCUCGCCAGAGGUGCCCAUCGACCCCCGCGUGGACAUCCUCACCAUGCCCGAAGGACCCAAGUGCCCCUUCCGCUGCCAGUGCCACCUGCGUGUGGUGCAGUGCUCCGACUUAGGGCUGAAGAGUGUUCCAGAUGAGAUCCCUGCAGACAGCACCCUGCUGGACCUGCAGAACAACAAGAUCACUGAGAUCAAGGAGAAUGACUUCAAGACUCUGAAGGGACUCCAAACCCUGAUCCUGGUGAACAACCAGAUCACCACAAUCCACCCCAAGGCCUUCAUUCCCCUGGGCAAGCUGCAGCGCCUCUACCUCUCCAAGAACCACCUCAAGGAAAUGCCCGCCAACAUGCCCAAGAGCCUGCAGGAGCUUCGCAUCCAUGAGAACGAGAUCACUAAGAUCAAGAAGGCCUCCUUCGAGGGCAUGGCCCAGGUCAUCGUCAUGGAGCUCGGUUCCAACCCCCUGAAGAGUGCAGGGGUUGAGGCUGGGGCGUUCGGGGCCCUGAAGAAGGUCUCAUACAUCCGCAUUGCAGACACCAACCUGACAGAGAUCCCCAAAGGUCUGCCCUCCUCCCUCUCCGAGCUCCACCUGGACAGCAACAAGAUCACCAAGGUGCAGGCGGACAACCUGAAGGGCCUCAAGAACCUGGCUAAGCUGGGUCUAAGCUACAAUGAGAUCAGCCAGGUGGAGAACGGUUCUCUGGCCAUGGUUCCUCACCUCAGAGAGCUUCACCUGGACAACAAUGCCCUGACCACGGUGCCUGCAGGCCUGCCUGACCACAAGUACAUCCAGGUGAUCUACCUCCACAGCAACAAGAUAGGGGUGGUGGGCACCCAGGACUUCUGCCCACCAGGCUACAAUACCAAGAAGGCCAUGUACUCUGGCAUCAGCCUGUUCUCCAACCCCGUCCCUUACUGGGAGGUGCAGCCCAUCACCUUCCGCUGUGUGUUCGACCGCUCCGCCAUCCAGCUGGGCAACUACAGGAAGAAGUAGAGAAAAAGUAGUCCACCCCAGAGAGAGAGAGAGUUUGUGUGUGUGUGUGUGUGUGUGUGUGUGUGUGUGUGUGUGUGUGUGUGUGUGUGUGUGUGUGUGUGUGUGUGUGUGUGUGUGUGUGUGUGUGUGUGUGUGUGUGUGUGUGUGUGUGUGUGUGUGUGUGUGUGUGUGUGUGUGUGUGUGUGUGUGUGUGUGUGUGUACCGCAGGCCCCCAUCCACCCCACAACACUGAUCGGCAACGUUAUCCCCAUUUUAAAACCAUAGCGAACAUCCAAUACAGUUACAGUACUUAAUGUUCUCAUGAGCAAAGACAGAACAGUUACAAAACUCAGUACCAAACCUUCCAUAGGUGGCUUAGUAAUAACUCAAACCAGCUCUGUAUGCAAACAGUUGAUUUAUAAUAGUCCAUGUGCCAUUUGUACAUUUCAUAUUCAACAACAGUAAUCACUGGCAUUAUCCUGUAACAGGUCUUCCAUACACAAUAAACCGUCAACUCAUUAAAUACUGUAACACUACCUCAUGGUAGUUAUCUGUCAAAAAGAUCAACUUAAAGGGGAUCUCACCCACUUUUCAACCUCAUUUUCAUUAUCUCCAUUACAAUACCAUCGUCUACAUAUGUGAAAACGUCACAUUUCUAUGUUUUGGAGAAAACAAAUAUGAAGUUAAAAAGAUAUACCCAAUGACAUCAUCAAGAAAAUACCAUCAUCCCUCUGGCUAGAAACUCGUUGCAGGUUUUGAAAAGCACUGUUUGUUUUUCACUUUUAAGCCUACCCUGUGAUGUCACAGAGAAGCAGUUUAUUAGGACCUUUCUUCCUAUCUUUUUAACCACAGAUCAUAGACAAAACAACGUGUCGUUUUCACACAUGUAGACACUGAUAUGGUGCUGGAGAUAAUGAAUAUGAGGUUGAAAAGUGGCGGAAUUGUCCUUUAACAGAAGACUGUGCAUUGGUUUUGAAGUGUGUGCCCUCAGAUUGCAUGACUGAAAUGUUAUUUUGUGUGUGAAAGAAACAUUAUGAAAGACAACUAAAUAUUUUCAACAACAACAAAAAAUAUAUAUGACCACUUUGAAAAUAUGUACACGAUUAACCCUUUAAUACCUCACACAUGUCAGCGGGUUGAGAUUGGCUGAAAAAUUUUGACCGGUGUAGACCUUUUGUGUGCAACAAGCCUUUACGUGCAUAAAUCUGUGACAAUUACAGUAGGUAAGCUGACCUGCGGAGCGGGCAGCAAAGGGUUAACUCGUGUCUUAAUACCAUUAACACCAGCUAGGAUACUAGAAUGUACUAGAGUAUAUUUCCUGUGUAGUAGCUAGCGUUCAAAGUGUGCCUUUACAAUAUGUCGUACUAUUUGAAAGAAUUCCGAUUUUCUUUCUUUCACAUUGUAGUCAAUUGCCAUGUCUCCUGCUUGCUUCACUGUUGAUUUCAAUUUUGUUGUUUUUACUAAAUGUUCCAACAGUUUAAAGAUUUAAGAUUUUCCAUAAAGCAUUUAUUUCUUCUUCUUCACAUUCCAUUCCCCCAUCUGUCAUGUAACAUCAGCUCAUACAACCAAGAUGAAAAUAGCUCUUAAAGAUGUAGAAUAAACAAUAUAUACGUUCUGAAACAGAAGCCAUGCCCAAAGAUCUAUACGCAUGCUUUUCUUCUUUUGACUUGAAGCACGGUGGUGGUUUCUGGGAUGCCAUGCUAAUGCCUGUUUUCUUUCUCUUCGUUUUACUUUGCCUUUCUUUUUUCUUUUUUUGAAGUCUGAAGAGAAUUGGAGGCUGCAGGCGGACUGUCAUGCCUUCAGUGCCCAUGUUAGUGUGAAUGUUUGUAUGUAUAGACGCUGUAUAUAAAUGCUGUAUAAAAAAAACUCUCAUUGCUUAAAAGCACAAGCACUUACAGUAGUUCAGACUUAAUAUAUCAACAAUAAAGAUGUUCCCCUCUUUUUUCUGAGCAGGGGCUCCGCCUAAGGCAUCCUGAACCAAAUAAAAAUACCAAUUAAAAAGUA